UCUUCGCCGUUACACAAUCCAUUUCGACCACUUAUGACCUGAGCACGAGCAACUUUACCCUUUCUGGACCCAGUCGCUCUCCAUGCUGUUGUCAUAAGAAUUAUUCCAGGAUCAGGGCAUUGAAGAGCGAAGAUUCCCUGAACCAAACCGUCCUGGUCCUUCUUUUCGACCCGUCCGCGCCGCCGAUCUGAAUUAAUAUGAGAGUGGACGCGCUCCCUCUCUAAUUCAUAUCAGACCUUCCGGUACUGGGUCUUUUGCUCGCGAGAAACACGCGAUGACGACCGUUUCUGCGCAACCGAUUCCUGUUCACACUACUAUUUCGAGUCAAUCAUCCUGGGAUUACGCUGUUCCCGUGGAACGUGAGAACAUCGAUUCGGGUGAUACCAACCCGUCCGAAACACCCAUAGCGAAUGGUGCACCGCGUCAACCUCUCAUGCAACACACCGGAACCAACGAACAAAGGCCAAACAGGUCCGAUACCCUCGAAUCAAAUCUCUCUACAAGUACGACAAACGGAAAGCACCUCGCUCAACACGCCCCUCGAUCGAACCCCGUUUCCAAGAAACACAGCAAAUCAAGCAUGGGAAGUGACCCCGACGGUUUUGGGGAUCUUUAUAAGGCUCCCUCGGCGGAGGCACGAAACCUUCCGCACUCGGCCGAUCAUGGAGGGAAACGAAAGCUAUCGAGCAGCUCAAAAGGCAUGUCGCCGAAUUUAUCGCAAUCCAGCUCUGCCCCGAUCCCUGGCGGGCUCGGAGCCGCCUUUGAUCACGACUUCUGGAUCCAUCGGGAUAAGUUGGCCCAGAUUGAAAGCCGGGAGCUGGAGGAGGCGGGAUUCCGCUUGCCGGCGAGCCGCUCUGGAAGCCGGUCGGCAAGCAGUUCGCGGAACCGAUUUCAUGACCAUGGGGAUGAGAUAAACGGAGAGCCAGGGCAUGGUCGUGAACGGGAGGAAAAGAAGCAAAGAAGGAUCUCACCCAUCCCUGCGGAAGACGAAGCGGAAGAUGGGGCAAUCGACUUCGAACUACGCACGCCAGAAGAGGUAGCUGCCGAUAUGGUCGAACCGGAAUCCUGGGGAAGUUCUCCCUAUCCGAGCCGAAUCCUCCGACCAAGCACAUCUAGAAUCCCCAUUGCAAAGAUGUCUCCCGUCCCAGUGUCUUCGGAUAUGGUCGAUCGAGACUCUCCGCUUUCGCGCAGUCGCAAUGGAUCCGGAGCCUGGGGAUCGAUGGACGGCGGCGUCGCAUUCCCUAGGAACGGCCAUAGCCGUGCUCGGAGCCGGAGUGCCGGAAGUCAAGUUCUCCUGGACGAUGCUGAAUUGCAGACGCCUACGGACUCUCCCCCGCGGAGGAAGACGACCGUUUCUCCUGGCCAAUCCCCUUCCUCCAGCCCACCACGAGCCAAUAAGAAAGGGUCCGUGACUAAACGGGGAAUUCCUUCCGCAUCCAAACCCCGCGUCGUCUCGAACACGAACCGCGGCGCCAAAUCCCCCGAAAAACGCCCCGGCACCUCGUCCGGCCGUCCGUCCACCUCGCACGCGGCCCCCGAAGGCGACCCCCCGUGGCUCGCGUCCAUGUACAAGCCCGACCCCCGUCUUCCCCCCGAUCAGCAAAUGCUUCCGACGCACGCCAAACGCAUGGCGCAGGAGCGCUGGGAAAGCGAAGGGAAGACCGGGUCCGCGUACGACCGGGAUUUCCGCCUACUCAAUGCCGCCGACUACGCUCCUCCGGUGCGCAGCAGCGCGGGCAGCGCCGCCGAGAUCAAAGGCGCUCACCGGGGUGCCGAGGCCGAUGAUGACGGGAGGAAUAUCGACCUGGAGUGGCCGUUGCCGUCGCCUACGUUGCCAAAAGAAGCCAACGGCAGCCCGCGGCCCGGCACGAGCGAGAGCCAUGGCGGGUAUAAAAUCACGCCCAGCCUCCGAGGAGUGGCGGCUACCAGUCCUUCUAUUGGGGGGUCGAAACUGAGUGCAGGACAGCCACAAGGAUUGGAUCUUAACCAAAGACCCGUGCGAGUUCAGGAGCCGGUGGACGAUGAGAAAGCCGGGAAGAAAAAGGGCUGUACGUGCUGCGUGGUGAUGUAAAGACUUGGGGCGCCGUACGUCCGAUUUGUCCAUACGCGAUAUGGCGCGGUCCCUCACCACGCGGAUCCGGUCUCCGUUUCCCAACCGAACC